UUAUAUCAGAUAAACCAUCACCCAGGAAUUAUUUUCCCUUCUCUUGCAGGAAUUGAGAAGUUCAAAGGACAGUACUUCCAUAGUCGAGAUUAUAAGAAUCCAGAGAGUUUCACUGGAAAGAGAGUCAUUAUAAUUGGCAUUGGGAAUUCUGGAAGCGAUCUGGCUGUGGAAGUUAUCCACACAGCCAAGCAGGUUUUCCUCAGCACCAGAAGAGGGGCUUGGAUCUUCAAUCGUGUCGGAGACUAUGGAUAUCCUUUUGAUGUGUUGUUGACUUCUCGAUUUCAAUAUUUUAUGAAGAAGAUUUGUGGUCAAUCAUUAGCAAAUACAUUUUUGGAAAAAAAGAUGAACCAAAGGUUUGAUCAUGAAAUGUUUGGCCUGAAGCCUAAACACAGAGCUCUGAGUCAGCAACCAACCAUAAAUGAUGAUCUGCCAAACUGUAUAAUUUCUGGCUUGGUGAAGGUGAAAACAAAUGUGAAGGAAUUCACAGAGACAGCGGCCAUAUUUGAGGAUGGCUCCAAAGAGGAUGACAUUGAUGCUGUUAUCUUUGCUACAGGCUAUAGCUUUGCCUUUCCUUUUGUUGAAGAUUCUGUCAAAGUAGUCAAAAACAAGAUAUCCCUGUAUAAAAAGGUCUUCCCUCCUAACCUAGAAAAGCCAACUCUUGCAAUCAUAGGCUUGAUCCAGCCCUUGGGUGCCAUUAUGCCCAUUUCAGAGCUCCAAGGACGCUGGGUCACUCAAGUAUUUAAAGGGAUAAAGACAUUGCCCUCACAAAAUGAAAUGAUAAAAGAAAUAGCUAAGGUUCGAGAGGAUAUGGCCAAAAGGUAUGUGGACAGCCAACGCCAUACCAUUCAGGGAGACUAUAUAGAUACCAUGGAUGAGCUUGCUGAUCUGGUGGGCGUCAGGCCCAAUCUGCUGUCCCUGGCCUUCACUGACCCCAAACUGGCAUUACAGUUAUUUUGGGGACCCUGUACUCCAAUCCAGUAUCGGCUACAGGGCCCUGGAAAGUGGAAUGGAGCUCGAAAAGCUAUCCUCACCACAGAAGAUCGUAUCAGGAAGCCGCUAAUGACAAGAGUAAUUGAAAGCAACAAUUCCACAACUUCAACAAUAACAAUGGCCAGGUUUAUGCUGGCUGUGGCUUUCUUUGCUAUAAUGAUCACCUAUUUUUAGCUGUUCCAUUGUCACUGUCCCAGUUUUCUUUGAAAGCUGGAUCUGGAGAUGCUUUCAGAACCUGACAAGAUUGAACAACUCUCAGCUUCACAUUGCCCAGAAAGCUACUUUUAUUUCUCUUUCCAAAGCAUUAAUCCUUUUUCCUCUUUUCCCUACAGUGAAAUCUCAGCUUUUCAUUUGUACUGACUUACCUUACUCUUAUGACCCAUCACUUUUUCCUUCCAGUAAUUCCUGGACUGUGAGCUCAGGUACUCUGUUAGUCAUCUUUGUUUGUCCUUAGCAGAGUUCCUGACAUGUGGUAGGUGCUUUCUUUUCUUUUUUUUUGACAUGUUUAUUGGAGUAUAAAUGC